UGUGCAGCAUGUAAAUUCACUUCAAUUUCCCUGUAUCCAUAGGAAUUGUGUGAUCAAAUCAGUCUUUACUUACCUGUAAUGUUAUACAAGUUAUUAGCAGGGUAUAUUUUGUUGUCGUUUCAGUAUAUUUAGAUAGUUUUGUGGUACAAACUUGCCAGUAUUUACAAAUAGUAGUCUUAGAUUAUUUCAACUGAAUUUUGUUGUAUUUUAGAGGUUCCUACAUUUAAUACAAACAUUUCAUGUUAUACAGUUGAUGAUCUAGAUUGUUUUUGUGUCUGUACACAUGUCCAGUAUAACUUGUUUUUACAUGUAUUUACAAAAUAAAGUAGAAAGGAAAGAUAUUGAAUAUAGGUAAGGAAAUAUCAGGAAAGACAUUGAAGAAUAAGGAUUCACUUUUUUUCUGUCAGUAUGUUCUUUGUGUUCUACUAAGAUAGCUUUCAAUAUUUUUUUAAUUGAGUUUAACAUUAGAAAUGUGUUUAAAACUUGUCUUAUCUGUGUAAAUGGAGACACAAUGUAUAUGAUAUGAGUGGUUCAGGACAAUUGUUGACCCAAUGGGUAGAUCACUAGCUAUCUACACCAUGUAAAACUGUCAUCUCACCAUUUGUAAUUGUGUAAUUUGGAGUGAUAUCUGCUACAGAAUACAAUGAUAGUGUCCUCAGAUGGCCUGAGACAGACAAACCAUUAAUUAUUAUUGUAGUGGACUAUAAUAGUCCCAUCCAAAGCCUCUAAAGAGACUGAGCAGGUGAUUUCUUGGUGAUGGGCCUGUGUUGUACAUAUAACCAGCUGAUUUUAUGUCAUUAGUUUAGCAUCUAGAACUGAAGUGUAUUCAGCUUUAAAAAUAUUAGAUCAGAAAGCUCUUAAGACAUUUUGCGCUGUAUUAUAUAUAAUGGAUCUUACAUGAGUGGCUAUGUUAUAUGGAAUUUAUCAAAUGAAUUCAAUGAUUUGAUAUGUCACAUUCCUUUAUGCCAGUGGCAUAUAAAACAAGUUUAAUAAAUUUCAUAUAACAUAGACACAAGUGUAAGAUUCUGUUUAUCACAUAACUUGUAUAUAUGAGAAUUUACCUUUCAAACUUUCAAAGUUAUUUCUGUAAAAGAUCAAAGGUGAUUUUCGACUCGGAUAUAACGUUUUGAUAUGCACAGACAAUCAUGCACAGUGACAGUUCAUUAUGAUGUCAUAAAGUAUUUGUGAGGUCACAAUAGUGUUAUUACACAUGUCUUAUGAUAUUUAUCAAUUUUAUGACAUGGCUGUAUGGCGAAGUAGAGCAGGCCAGUUAUAUGUGAUAAACAUAUAUAUAGUACAUCAUAGUACCUAGAAUAGGGUAUUGUAGAGUUAGUGGGCCUAAUGCCAAAAGUCUUAUGUUUGAAGAUGGGUUCCAGCAUUUACAAGCUAAGUAACAAAACAUUAAAAGAUAUGUUGCUUUUAAAGAUGUGCAAAAGGUGAUUAACAAGUUUCUAAGGUCAAGGUCAAUAGCACUUUAUAAAUGUAUAACUGGAUAAUUUGUUGUAAUGUUAAGGGUAUAUUGCACAGAGAUUGGCACCGUGUCCCAACCAUGUCAAGUCCAUGUGGUACCACGAACCAACCAUGUCAAGUCCAUGUGGUACCACGUCCCAACCAUGUCAAGUCCAUGUGGUACCACGUCCCAACCAUGUCAAGUCCAUGUGGUACCACGAACCAACCAUGUCAAGUCCAUGUGGUACCACGUCCCAACCAUGUCAAGUCCAUGUGGUACCACGUCCCAACCAUGUCAAGUCCAUGUGGUACCACGAACCAACCAUGUCAAGUCCAUGUGGUACCACGUCCCAACCAUGUCAAGUCCAUGUGGUACCACGUCCCAACCAUGUCAAGUCCAUGUGGUACCACGUCCCAACCAUGUCAAGUCCAUGUGGUACCACGAACCAACCAUGUCAAGUCCAUGUGGUACCACGUCCCAACCAUGUCAAGUCCAUGUGGUACCACGUCCCAACCAUGUCAAGUCCAUGUGGUACCACGUCCCAACCAUGUCAAGUCCAUGUGGUACCGCAUCCCAACCAUGUCAAGUCCAUGUGGUACCGCGUCCAAACCAUGUCAAGUCCAUGUGGUACCACGUCCCAACCAUGUCAAGUCCACGUCCCAACCAUGUCAAGUCCAUGUGGUACCGCGUCCAAACCAUGUCAAGUCCAUGUGGUACCACGUCCCAACCAUGUCAAGUCCACGUCCCAACCAUGUCAAGUCCAUGUGGUACCGCGUCCAAACCAUGUCAAGUCCAUGUGGUACCACGUCCCAACCAUGUCAAGUCCAUGUGGUACCACAUCCCAACCAUGUCAAGUCCAUGUGGUACCACAGGAAAAGGAUUUAACAUCAUUGCAUUUUACAAGCAAAAAGAUUGUUUAUCAAAUUGAAAAUAAAUGAUAAUUGUAUACAAAAUAUUUUACAGCGGAUGAGACAGGUUGUUUAUCUUAACCAGUAUUGUGUUAUCUUUUUAAGAAAAAUAUUUUUUAUUUCAUAUAUAGGAGCCCAUCUUCAUGCAUACAAACUCUCAUAUGUCAAAUUUGAAAAUUGGUUGUUUUCUGUUUGGCAAAAGUGAUAUAUUCCUACUAAAGAUAGUUAGAUUAAUCGUUGAUAAAGUAUCUCAUCUGGAAAUACCUGUUUUUUUUCACACUUCUUUAUGAGAAAAAGAUAAAAUUCUCAUAUUAGCAGAAAAAAUGUCUUUCACACAAUGAAAAAUAUAUUCUUUCAUGAAUAAUUUGAAAUAGUUCCAAUGAAGUAUGUAGGCACCAUCACAUUUUGUUAAAUGCAAUGCCAAUGGGAUUAUAGAAAUUUUAAUGUUAUAAUGCCAUCAAAACCUGUUCAAGUCCCUUUUAAUGAGUAUUAUUGUCCUCAGACUGUCC